UUGUAUGCUGCAGCCGACGGGCGCUGCUGAGUCCGCUGCCUGGGCUGGAAUGAGGAAUCCCGAGCUGGCUGUUGCAGCUCCGCCUGUCGUGGGCGAUGGUUUAUUUUGGAAGUCCCACCUUUUUGGGAUUUGCAACGACGGUCGGAUGCGAUGAUUGGCUGAAGCGUCCACAAAGAGGCGGGACACGAGUGCAAAAGCGGACUCCCUCCUACAAAGUCACGUGUUUCCAAACCCCAGGAAGUAGCUCGUUGUAGAUAGAUGUUGAUAUAUCUGAUGAACUCUAAAUAGAGCCAAUCACAGGGCCUGGUGAUUUGAUGUGGUCUACAUGGUUAGUGUAAGUCAAGGAGGUACUGUAUUAUGUCGUAUUGGUACAGCAAUAGGUUUGGUUGACUAGAUGAGUGUUGAAAGUAAGCAUAUAGUGAAUCUAUAUAUACAAACAGGUAUGUAAUACACACCGGGAUGGAUUAUCAAGGGCCACAAGGUGAUGAUGUUGUGUCCUGAAAUGAGCCGAUGGGUCAAAAUCUAGUUUCAAGACCUUUUAUUAAAGGCCCUCCCAAAUAAGUUUAUCAGGUCAAGAAAAUAAUAACCAUAAUAGUACUUUAAAAUACAUAUCUAUCCAUUAGUAUGUUAUUAAAACAUGGAGGGUGUGAGUUUGUUUGUGUAUACUGUGAGAGAAGGCACAAGAUACUGCAGUUGCCCAGUAUGGAAGUCAAAAAGUGCAUUUUUCCCUUAAAGUUUGAUGUGCAUUUUAACUUUAACGUAUAAUCCAACUCUAUUAUUAUUAUUAUUAUUAUUAUCACUAUAGAAAUACAAAAUAUCCCUCAGGAAUAUGUUAGAUGUGAAGCAGACUUGUGUAGGAUAAAGAGGUAUGUCACUCUUUCAAUAGAAAAAAACCCCACAAAGUCAAAUUUAAAGACGCAUUAACAUUGCACGGGGGCCUUACAGUUACCUUAAAUGUUAUACUCACCAAACAUAAUACAGGCGGGACUGUUCACACCGCUGGUAUUGUCGCGCUUCAAAUCAAAAUGGGCGUGCAUGGUGGCGGUGCGAGAAAAAUUAUUGAUUGACAGUUCAAACUCACAACCCGGGUUCAUUGCCCCGCCCUUCCGUGGCUGCGCUGAUCGAACUGACCAAUAGCGCCCGCCUGGGGGCGGGUCCAUAUUUAUAUGAAAACCCCGCCUCCCUCCCAGAGCUAACCGAACGGAGAUUGUUUUCCUCUCUCGGGGAGAGAUUUUCACUUUGCAGCCUCACAGCUUGAAUUGUUUAUUUUAAAUCCACACGCCACUGAUAAGUUGCUUUUCGCACAUACGUCACUUUGGCAUCUUCAGGUGCAGCGGUUAACCCACAAAUAACGGAUUAUCAAAGCAUCAUUUGGGAUCUUCAGCUUGCUAUUUGGGAGAGGGGUCUCUCAGCUCUUACGAGAAUGAGUUCAUAAUGAAGCGGCGACUGGAGGAUCAGGAAACGGUUUUUGCGUCCCAGCAGCGGCGCCUCGUUGGCAACCCGGAGGCAUUCCAGCAUCGCGUCCUGGCCCCCGCUCCAGCCCCGGCUGUGUAUGAGGCCGUGUCUGACAACAUGCAGCCCACAGCAGGCGUCCAGUACUCCGUCCCCCAGGGAUACCAGGUGUCUCUGCUUUCCCAGGUUCCCACCGUGGCCCAAAACAGUGGCGGGCAUGGGCACACCCCGAACCCAGCCGUCCACGGCGGGUCCCACCACCACAGCCCGGCAGUCCAGUCACAUGGGCCCUCGGUGCUGUCAGGGCACAGCCACACAGCUGCUCCACAAGCCUCCGCACAGGGCCAGCAGUUCCAGAGGCUCAAGGUAGAAGACGCUCUGUCUUACUUGGAUCAAGUGAAACUGCAGUUUGGCAACCAGCCUCAGGUCUACAAUGACUUUCUGGACAUAAUGAAAGAGUUCAAGUCUCAAAGUAUUGACACCCCUGGGGUCAUCAGCAGAGUGUCACAGCUCUUCAAAGCUCACCCCGACCUCAUCGUGGGCUUCAAUACCUUCCUGCCACCUGGAUACAAGAUCAAGGAAAGUGUUCAAGGAUCACAAAGUCAGCCUCCCACCAGAAUGGAGCUGCUCCAUCGUGUAUGAAUGGAUUUACUAACCUUCUAGAAGGAGCAGUCUCAUUAUGUGUGUGUUUUCAUAACUGUAGUCUACAGAAGAGGGUUCAUCAAAACUACAAUCAUAGAAACAAGCAACGUUCCCGAUUUCACCAUUGUGUUGCCUUCGGAAUAGCAAAAGCAACGUUUUCAAAAGAUUUUUACUGCUCAUCUUAACGAAUCUAUUUAAUUUCUCUUAACUUUUCUUUAAGUGCAUUUAGUGUGAUUGUUUGAUAGCAAGUGAUUAAAGCAGAUGUUUACCGAACAACCCAACCUUAAGGUGAAGAGAAAAGGCAUCUCUUCCAUUACUUUCAUUAAUGGUUUAAGUAGAGCAUUAGCCACUCUUAACAGUGAUAAUUGUUCCAGUCUAUUUUCAUUUAAUUGUAUUACAGUUGCAUCUACGGAAUACCAC